GCCCAAAAGACGCCGCAUAGUUUUGAAUGAUAUUAUCGAAAUUACGUUCGUAAAAAAGGAAUAGGACCAUUUAAAAUCAUGGUGAAAUGGUUCGGUAGCGAUUGCAUAUUGGUUGUGACGUUGCUGGUAAUUUUCGACGCCGUUAGACUUUUGAAUUUUCAAUCGCGGUUUAAGGAAAGUAUUUCUGAUUUGAAGGUCUUGUUUCCUAGUCUACUGGCCUCGCCACUGUGGAAGAAGAUCAAUCACCGGCCGAUAACUAAGGAGCAAUGGCACAAAAGAAUCGCCAACCAAAUCGACGACUGCUGCAGCAGCAAACCGAAAUACAAGCAAAUCGUUUACCUCGACAACAACAACAACAAGGCGAUGAGCAAUCGUCGAGAGUCGAACGUCGUGCUCAUCCGCCAAGAGAAUGCUUAUCCGCAAUCGGAGCAAGUUGACCAAGUCAAUGAAACGCUGGAGGAGGAUUCGUACGAUUAUUCCAGCCAAGAUGACGGCACGAAUUACAAUGAGCAACAAGAAAACAACGAAGAAGACGAAUACGAGAAAAAGAUUUGGAAGGCGAGUUUGAUCUUGGGGUCCAUCGGAAUGGCGUUCAGCAAAUGGGGACUCGUUACAAUUUCGCCACUUUUCGUCGUGCAACCGACCACUACAUCAACAACAACAACCACUACUACACCAACGACAACUACAUCAACAACCACAUCGACGACGACUACGACGCCAACAACAACGACUUCUACGACGUCGACAACUACAACCCCAACUACAACCACUUCAACAACAUCGACGACGACGUCAACAACUACUUCAACCACCACAACCACCCCAACAACAACAACUACUACAUCGACAACAACGCCAACAACUACUACUACACCGACAACAACAACUACUACACCGACAACUACAACAACACCAACCACAACGGUGGCACCAGUCACGUGCACGACCACAACGACAGCGACAACUGGAUCGUACAAAACCAUCCGGACUCCCGGGGCACAAGUAGCCCAGUGUCUCGCCAUCACGGUGGCUGUUGGCAGCAAAAUCCAAAUCACCUGCACGGCCGUCUACACGCAGGCCGGCACGUACACAAUGUUUUACACGAACGGCGGAACAACUCUCAUCACCGGUAUGGCCGUUGUGGGCACAACGUACACGUCGACGGACAACACGUUGACCAUCGAAUCCCUGGCCGGCAGUUCCAACAGUUCCACGCUUUGCUGCACAUGGAAAACGGUUUAAGAACGUCAUGACAUUCAAAUGUAAAGACCAUCAAAACAUGUAUGCAAAUCGUUACUAAGGCAGCCCAUUAAAUGAGAAAACUGAAAAG